CUCUGUAAAUAAUUUUGCCUGAAAACCAAACAAACAGCUGAGUUUCAAGUUCAAAGGCAACGGAAUUUAGGGUUUUACUGUUCACAGAAACGGUACCAAAAUUACCUUAUCUUUUUAAUAAAACCUUCCUCAGUCUGGCAAAACAGCUGCACAUGGAUUUGGCCUGUGCAGCUAUAAUGUGUUUAUCAGAGGAGCCUCAUUCAUCUACACGCAAGUGGUAUUUCAGCCGAGAGGAAAUUGAGUAUCAUUCUCCAUCUAGGAAGGACGGAAUCGAACUUGGAAGAGAGGAGCAGUUUCGUAAGUCGUAUUGUUCGUUUCUUCAAGAGCUUGGAAUGAAGCUUAAAGUGCCUCAAGUAGCAAUAGCAUGUGCGAUGAUGCUGUGUCACCGGUUUUACAUGCGUCAAUCUCAUGCAAAGAAUGAUUGGCAGACUAUUGCAACUGUAAGCACAUUUCUCGCAUGCAAAAUAGAGGAAACACCACGCUUGUUGCGGGAUGUUAUUGUUGUGAGCUAUGAAAUUAUCCAUAAACGGGAUCCCUCUGCUCCAGGAAGAAUCAGACAAAUAGAAGUUUAUGAUAAGCAGAAGGAAUUGAUAUUGGUUGGGGAGAGGCUUUUGUUGGCAGCAAUUGCUUUUGAUCUUGAUAUUGAACUUCCUUACAAGCCCCUUGUUGCGGCUUUUAAGAAAUUGGAAAUUUUUCCUAACCUCUUAAAAGUGGCAUGGAAUUUCGUUAAUGAUUGGCUUCAUACAACCUUGUGCUUGCAAUACAAACCCCAUUACAUUGCAGCUGGUUCCAUGUGUCUUGCCGCUAAAUUUCAAAAAGUAAAGCUUCCUAUAGAGAAGGGCAAAGUAUGGUGGCUGGAAUUUGAUAUUUCACCUAAACAAUUACAAGAGGUCACUCAGCAGAUGGUGAGGUUGUUAGAGCAAGACAAGAGUCGAGCUUUAUCAUCAAGACAUGAGAGGGCCAGUCAAUCUGCUUGUUUAGCUGGAAAGAGUCAGAGUCAGUUUGUGGCUGGAGCUGAGAAUAGUAAAGUUGGCAAAUCUAUGGACAGUUGUGUCAGCCAAGUUAGAGUGAAACAAGUUUUCCCUUAUCAAGCAAAUGAUAUUGGUGCAAGUAGUGUUGUUGAGGAUGGCAACGAUAAGGAUCAGCCAAGAACGGAGGAAUCUGACCAGAACCCAAGUUUUAAGACUGUUUCAUCAGUAGCCUGUGACAACAAACAAGUAAGUCCAAAAGAAAGUUUACCAAGUCAAACCAGUGAUAGUGGUGCAAGUACUGUUGUUGACAGUGGGGAAGGUGAAUGUGGGCUAAGAACAGAGGAACGUCCUCUGAAUGCAAGUGUUAAGAUUGUAUCUGUUCAUAAUACCUUUAGCAAGAUUGAUGCCGACCGGAUUCGAGAGACCUUCAAGAGGAGAAGAUGUGAUAGAGCUGCAAAUUUUAAGUGCGUGGAAAUUAGAGAUGACGAGGUAGACAGUGAAGCCUGGAUAGAGAGGGAGCUGGAGAUUGGAAUAGAGUUGGAAUCUGCCUCUUCCCAGAAGCGAGAGAGGGCGCGCUGAGGUUUUGAAAUUGACAAAAGUAGGUCAUUGAUACUUGCUAAUUGAAUAUCUUCUUUUACUUAAGUGCAGCAAAGACUGGAUUAUUCCAUUGGCUCAUUUAUAGCAUUACAAGAAAGACUGGAUUCUGUUUCACUCUUAGAACAACUAUAUUCUUUCCCCGUUGUAGUACACAAUAGAAUUAUUAGAACAUUUUUUCAAGAGAUUGUAUUUGUGUUUCAGAUCAUUCGUGCAAGAAUCACACCCAUUCUUUUGCGUUGGAUUCUAAAUGUAUAGAUGACCCACAAUUUGUA